AUGGUGCUGCCCACCUGCCCCAUGGCGGAGUUCGCGCUGCCGCGGCACAGUGCGGUCAUGGAGCGCCUCCGCCGGCGCAUCGAGCUGUGCCGGCGGCACCACAGCACCUGCGAGGCUCGCUACGAGGCCGUGUCGCCCGAGCGCCUGGAGCUGGAGCGCCAGCACACCUUCGCCCUGCACCAGCGCUGCAUCCAGGCCAAGGCCAAGCGCGCCGGCAAGCACCGGCAGCCGCCCGCCCCGCCGCCCGCCCCGGCCCCGGCCCCGGCCCCGCGCCUGGACGCCGCCGACGGCCCCGAGCACGGCCGCCCCGUCGCGCAUCUCCAUGACACGGUGAAGAGGAAUCUCGAUAGUACCACCUCCCCUCAGAAUGGCGAUCAGCAGAAUGGCUAUGGAGACCUCUUUUCUGGGCACAAGAAGACCCGCCGGGAGGUUCCCAUGGGAGUAGGUGUCUCUUCCAAUGGCCUGCCUCCAGCCUCCCCCCUCAGUCAGCCUGAUGAGCCCGGUGCAGAGGCGCUGCAGGCCAGCGGGAAGCACUCGCUGGGGCUGGACUCCAUGAACAAGAAAUGUCUGGCAGACUCGCACCUCCACCUGAAUGGAGGCAGCAACCCCAGUGAGUCAUUUCCUCUGAGCCUGAAUAAAGAGCUGAAGCAGGAGCCUGUCGAUGACCUGCCUUGCAUGAUCGCAGGGGCCGGAGGCUCCAUAUCCCAAAGCAACCUCAUGCCUGACCUCAACCUGAACGAGCAGGAGUGGAAGGAGCUGAUUGAGGAGCUGAACAGGUCGGUGCCCGAUGAAGACAUGAAGGAUCUGUUUACUGAGGAUUUUGAGGAGAAGAAGGACCCAGAGUCUUCUGGUUCUGCCACACAGCCCCCCUUGGCACAGGACAUUAAUAUUAAGACAGAAUUCUCUCCAGCAGCCUUUGAACAAGAACAGUUAGGCUCUCCACAAGUGAGGGCUGGGUCUGUAGGACAGACCUUUAUGGGUCCUUCAUCCGGGCCUGUGAGCACAGAUUCAUCCAGCCUAGGGGGCUCUCAGCCUCUCUUCCACACCUCAGGUCAGCCAAGGGCAGAAAAUCCCAGUCCCAACCUGAUGCCGGCCUCAGCCCAGGCCCAGAAUGCACAAAGAGCCAUCUCCAGUGUGGUGUUGCCUAGCCAGGGCUCAGGAGGGGCCUCCGAGCUGUCCUCUGCCCACCAACUCCAGCAGAUCGCCGCCAAGCAGAAACGCGAGCAGAGGCUCCAGAAUUCACAGCAGCCUGCCCCGGCACCAGCAGCAGGCCAGAUGUCCACCUGGCAGCAGACUGGCUCCUCCCACAGUCCUUUAAAUGUUACUUACCCCAUGGAGAAGCCUGCCAGCCCUCCCAGCUACAAGCAAGAGUUCACCAACUCCAAACUGCUCAUGAUGCCCAGUGUGAACAAGAGCGCCCCUCGUCCUGGAGGUCCCUACCUCCAGCCCAGCCAUGGAAACCUGCUGAGUCACCAGCCACCAAGUAACUUGAGCCAGAACGCCAUGACUAACCAAGGGUCGAUGCUGGACUAUGGCAACACCAAGCCCCUUUCUCAUUACAAAGCGGACUGUGGGCAAGGCAGCCCUGGGGUUGGUCAGAGCAAGGCAUCCCUGAUGUCUUAUCUUCCCCAGCAGCUCCCUCAUUUGAGCAACGAGCCGAACUCUAUGUUUCUGAUGAAACCAAAGCCGGGAAAUAUGCCUUUCCGAUCUCUCGUUCCACCCAGCCAGGAGCAGAACCCUCCCAACGUCCCUGUGCCAGCCCAGGCCUCCAGCGUGGGGACCCAGCCGCCCACUGUGUCCGUGGCCAGCACUCACAGCAGCACCCCCUAUCUCAGUGGCCAGCAGCAGGCGGCUGUAAUGAAGCAGCAUCAGUUGCUUUUGGAUCAACAAAAGCAGAGGGAGCAGCAGCAAAAGCAUUUGCACCAACAGCAGUUCUUGCAGAGGCAGCAGCACCUUCUGGCAGAGCAGGAGAAACAGCAGUUUCAGCGCCAUCUGACCCGCCCACCACCCCAGUACCAAGACCCGACCCAGAGCACCUUUCCACAGCAAGUGGGGCAGUUCACAGGGUCUUCUGCCGCCGUGCCUGGCAUGAACAACUUGGGUCCAUCGAACUCCAACUGUCCUCGGGGAUUCCCUCAGGCCGGGAAUCUGAUGCCAAUGGGCCCUGGUCACACCUCGGUUUCCUCUCUCUCCUCAAACUCAGGCCAGCAGGACCGUGGUGUCGUUCAGUUCACUGGCUCCCAGAGCAUGCCGCAGGGCAGCCUCUAUGGCAUGGCCUCUGGCAUAACCCAGAUAGUUGCCCAGCCCCCGCCACAGGCCACCAACGGACACGCCCACAUUCCACGGCAGACCAGCAUGGGCCAGAGCGCCUCCGUCCCCGCCGCCUACGGACAGAGCUCUCUGGGCGGCUCUGGCCUCUCCCAGCAGCACAGUAAGGGGACGCUGAACUCGGGUUUAACUAAGCCACAGGUCCCGAGGGUGUCGGCAGCCAUGGGCGGCCAGAAUCCCUCCUGGCAACAUCAGGGGAUGCCGAACCUGGGUGGCCAGGCCCCCGGGAGCGACGCCGUAAGCUCUUUCACGGCAGCCCCCGGCUUCCACAUGCAGCAGGCCCACCUCAAGAUGUCCAGCCCGCAGUUCUCCCAGACGAUGUCCAGUAGGCCCAUGGCCCCCAUGAGCUCAGCGGCUGCAGCGGGGCCCAUGCUGACCCCCGUGAGUACGCAGCAGAGGACCAGUGCCCCCGCCCCGGCCCCUCCCCAGGGAGCCCCACAACAGGGCCUGCCAGGCCUGAGCCCUGGUGGGCCUGACCUGGGGGCCUUCAGCCAGAGCCCUGCCCCACCCAUGGGCGGCCGAGCAGGGCUGCACUGCACCCAAGCCUACCCUGUGCGGACUUCGGGCCCGGAGCUGCCCUUCGCCUUUAGCGGGCAGCCGGGGGGCAGUGGGCUGUCCAGCAUGGCUGGCGACGCCGACCUGAUCGACUCGCUGUUGAAGAACAGGACUUCGGAAGAGUGGAUGAAUGACUUGGACGACCUUUUGGGGCCUCAGUAA